AUAUCUCAUUCCCCACACGCAAAAGAACAAUCUCAUCUGCUCUCAAAAUUUCUUUCCUCAUCUCCUCUAGUCGAGCUCCCGAAAAAUGGCAUGCCCUGGGUUCUUGCAUAUAUGCGCGUUUGUUCUUCUGGCUUCAUCAUUUGCUUCUGCUGCAGUCGUGGAACACACCUUUACUGUGCAAAACCUGACGGUAACGCGGCUGUGCAAUCAGCGGGUGAUUACCGCGGUAAAUAACAAGCUACCCGGUCCAACCCUCCAUGUUCAUGAAGGUGACACUGUUAUUGUUCAUGUCAUUAACAACUCACCCUACAACCUCACCAUUCAUUGGCACGGUAUAUUUCAGAAACUGAGCGCAUGGGCAGAUGGACCAAGCAUGAUAACACAAUGUCCAAUACUCCCUGGAAAUCAGUACACAUACAAAUUCCAAAUCAUCGAUCAAGAAGGAACCCUCUGGUGGCAUGCUCACUCCUCGUGGCUACGUGCCACCGUCUAUGGUGCACUCAUCAUCCGCCCCAAAAAGGGUCAAUCCUACCCCUUCCCCAAACCUUACAAGGAAGUCCCCAUCGUAUUGGGUGAGUGGUGGGACGCUAACGUCAUCGACGUUGAGAACGAAGCUCUUGCCACCGGCGCUGCCCCAAACAAUUCCGAUGCUUACACGAUAAACGGAUUGCCCGGAGAUUUAUACAACUGCUCUCAGAGUCAGACAUACACGCUUAAUGUGAAGCAAGGAAAUGUCUAUCUCCUACGCAUAAUCAACGCUGCGCUCAAUAAUCAACACUUUUUCAAGAUAGCCAAUCACAAUAUGACAGUUGUUGCCGUCGACGCCAGUUACACCAAUCCCUACGUCACCGACGUGGUUGUGAUAGCCCCUGGCCAGACUGUCGACGUUUUGUUAUGGGCCGACCAGCCGGUGGGAUCUUACUACAUGGCAGCUACACCAUACGCUAGUGCAGCCGGGGUGCAGAUCGACAACACCACGACGAGGGGCAUAAUUGUCUACGACGGCGCCGCUUCCACCGCGACCCCCCAAAUGCCGGCCCUCCCCGCCUCCAACGACACCCCCACGGCCCACAAGUUCUACACUAACAUAACUGGAUUGGUAGGUGCGCCUCAUUGGGUCCCAGUCCCAACCAAGGUGGACAAACGUAUGUUCGUAACCGUUGGAUUGGCCUUGGAAGCCUGCCCAGAAAACACCACAUGUCAAUUCUCCAUCAGCGGGACUGCCAUCAACAACACUAAAUUCUCAGCAAGCAUGAACAAUGCCUCCUUCGAGCUCCCCACCACCCUGUCUGUCCUUCAAGCGUUCUUUUUCAAUGUCCCCGGCAUUUACACCACCGAUUUCCCGAGCCGACCGCCGCUCAAGUUUGACUACACAAACUCCAACCUCAGCUUCGACACUUCCUUGUUGUUCGCGCCAAAAUCAACCAAGGUCACGAGGCUCCAGUACAAUACCACGGUGGAGUUGGUCUUCCAGGACACCUCCCUUAUCGGCGUUGAGAACCAUCCCAUGCACAUCCACGGCUUUAACUUCCACGUGCUGGCUCAAGGGUUCGGAAACUAUGACCCUUCCAAACAUCAGAAGUUGUUCAAUCUCGUCAACCCACAGAUAAGGAACACCAUCGCCGUGCCGGUCGGAGGAUGGGCCGUCAUCAGAUUUACAGCAAAUAAUCCAGGGGCAUGGAUCACGCACUGUCACCUAGACGUGCACCUUCCUGUGGGACUGGCCACCGCUUUCGUGGUGGAGAAUGGGCCAACGCCGUCGACGACCUUGCCUCCACCACCGGCAGAUCUACCACAAUGUUAGACUUCGUACUUAAUUGACCACUGCAUGACAAUAGUUAAUGAAAUUCCUCAGUUGAUAUAUGGUUCUUUCAUAUACUAUUUAUUCAAUCUGUAAAAGUUUGGCAUUUCACUUCCAUUGAUUCAAUGAAUUGAAAUAAUAAAUUAUUUGUGUAUUCCAUUUAAUCAUGUUGUAAAAGAAUUCAAGUUCAUACCCAUUUGAUGGUAAUAAAAUAUUUCUUUUGAC